AAGUAGCAAUAUGGCUUGCGCUUGCAUCACCUUACAGGGUGCUUGAGAGCUUGGCCAACUUCUGCGCCCCUGCCGAUUCUUUUGCAAGUCGGUCGCGCGUACAGCUGUGCGAUGCCCUCACAACGGCGCCAUGAGGUUGUUAGCACCGUUUACACUGCAAUUCUAACGAUACUCGUGCUCGGCACUGCGAAUGCUUCAGCGGUCCGACCGAUUACAUCGGGUUCUUCAGACUCCAGGCCUGGCGACGUCCUGCCGCUCUGCUAUCAGCUGAACGACGCUCUAUCCAUCGCGCUAGCCGGUGACCUGUCGUCGCUGGCUGUGCUGCGACGCCACCUCCAGCUUGAGCAAUUCCACGCGCGGCGACAGCUCGAGCUUGAGCUGCUCAAUUACGAGCAGGAUGUGACAGUAGACGAGGACAGCGGUCGCGAUGGGGUCGUUGACGGCGACAGCGACGCUCAGUCAGAGGAGAGGGCGCAGGAGCUAGCGCGGCACGGAGAGCAGCGGCGGCAGCACGCCCAAGCGGCCGCAGCAUUGACCUCCCAGUUCCGGAGCAAGCUGCAGCAGCAGGAGGCCGCGGCAUCCCAAGCCGGCGCGUCCACAUCUGGUGACACCAACAAACACAACAGCAACGCCAAAAUCAACAGCACCGACUCCGGAGGCGCUGCUACUGCCACUCAGAUCGCAGCAGCCGCCGCAGCAGCCGCUGCGCGACUGCCAGACCUGCGUUUCCUGCCGCAGUGCCUCAUCAGCCGCCUCGACCCCAGCCUGUUCACCUCCCCCGACCUGCCCCAGCCCCAGCUCCCCACCAUCACCUCCCUCCAUCCCGCAGCCGCCUCCCACCUACACCACCUAGGCCACGCCGCACAGCAGCCGCACACAGACACCGCCACCACCGGCCCCGUCGCCGCCACCAGCCCACACAGCACCCACGCCGGCAGCGCCGGCGACGCCGCCGCCAGCAGCACCGGCGGCGGCGGCGGCGCCAGCCCCUACCCGCCCACUGAGACGCCCUCUCGGCCGCUGGUAUCACUGAUGGUGCAGUACUUCAACCGCCCAUGGAUGCUACCCGUGCUGGCUGCACCCUUCCGCCGCUGCUCCUCCCUCCACGCCGCCACCACGCCGCCCAACGCAACCUCCUUCUCUUCAGACGAGGAAGCGAUCAACCGCACCCGGCACCUGGGUUUUGGCAUUGAGAUGCUGAUAAACGUUGACAGCCGAAAGGACGCGGCGGCGGUUGCAGAGUUUGCGGCAGGGCCCUUGGGCGCCGGCGAUUUUGUUGUGCCGGUUUACAGCAACAACGUGCACGAGAUCCGUUCGUACAAUCGCUUGGCGCGGCUGGCACGCGGCAAGAUCCUGGUGAUGCUGCAGGAUGACGACGUGUUCCCCGAGGAGUCCGCCUGCAUGUGGCUCAGCAGCGUGGUACGGGCCUUUGCGCGCUGGCCACGGCUGGGGGCCGUGGGCUCCCAGCGCUACGUGUUCAACUACCACCCCAACACCACGGACUGGUAUGUGCACUACUGGGAUGCGGGGGCGGGGCACGUGCGCGUGCGCCGGCCGCCCGCACACCUGCUGCAGCAGGAGCAGGAGGAGUGGCAGCAGCAGGAGCAGGAGGAGCAGCAGGAGCAGGAGGAGCAGGGACAAGAGGAGGAGGGACAAGAGGCGGAGGCGCAGGAGGAGGAGGGGCAGGCGGAAGGGGACGAUGGUGUGGGCCGGCGGCGCAGGGGCGGCGCCCGGAGGAGGGCGGUACGGCGGCGACAGCUGCACGCGCAGGCGCAGGCGCAACAUCAGCAGGGGGGCAGUGAAUCGGCUGUAGUGGACACAUCCGACCAGCAGCAGCAGCAGCAGCAGCGGCAGCAGUCACGGCGGUUGCAGCAGCAGCAUGUAGAACUGGACGGGCGGCGGUGGCUGCAGCAGGGUCAGGGGCUGGAGGCGCAGGGGCGGGAGGCACGGGUGAGGGAGGUAUUGGAGCAGGAGGCACGGCUGGCGGCGGGGCAGCCGCGGUGGCGGGCGCCCGGUGGCGCGUCGUGGGAGGACGUGCUGGCGGCGUCACACCCCGUGUCUUCCCCUGCCUACGGCGCCGCCUCCGCGGCCGCCUCCCCCGCAAGUCAGCAGCAGCGGCGGCGGUGGCUGCGGCGGCGGCGGCUGCACCACAGGUCGGUGCUACAGAAAGAGGAGGAGGAGGGGGAGCGGAAGGAGGAGGAGGAGGAGGAGCAGGCCGGCGGCGGCGUAGCCGACAGCGCCGCCGCCACCGCCGCCGCAGAGCACCAGCAGGAGCUUCUGCCGCCAAGUCCUCAGCAACAGGAUAGAGCGGCAGGGGCGGAUCCAGCAGCAGAGGCGGAUCCAGACCAGGGGCCGCCGCCGUACGAGCCGCCGUACAUCCCGCUGGAGUCGUACGACGGGCGGCUGCGGCUGCAGUUUGUGUCCAUCAUUGACUACGCCCCCAUUGCGGUGCGGCGCUCCUCCUUCCUAGCAGUGGGCGGCAUUGAUGAGAACAUGAGCGAGAGCGGCGCGUGCGGCGUGCACUCCGACUACGACCUCACGUUGCGGAUGUGGAUGGCAGGAUGGCAGGUGGCGUAUGUGGAGGUGCCGGGUCUGGGCAAGGACCCGGCAGAGAGCGAGGGUGGCACGCACCGCCGCGGCGUGUCGGGCUACUGCUGGGAGCGGCAGUGGGACCAGGCCAUCGGCUACAUGCGGACGAGGUGGGGGCAGCACAACCGCUGGGACCCAACCUCCUACUACUGGUUCGGAAGCAACACAUUCGAGGUGGUGGCUGAGCACGUGCGGCUGCUGAACCUGCAGCUGCUACAGCCACUGGCGCAGCCGCCCGACAGCUACUGCCCCUUCGGCUACGGCUGUGGCCUGAAGCCGGUCGACAACAUCACUGGCACACCGCAGCAGGUGCACCCGCCCUUUGGCGAGCUGUCCAGCUGGCCCAAGCACACGCGCGUGCAGGCGCCCUGGGCGCCGGGCUGGGCGGCGGCGCAGGCGCGGGCGCGGGCGCGGGCCGCGGCGGCGGGCAAGCACGGGACCCGCGGCGAGCGGCACGGCCACGGUCACGGCCAGGAGCACGGGCAGGGGCAGGGGCGUGGGGACGCAGGUGAGCCGCAGCGGCGUAGCGGCCGGUUCCUGAGGCGGCGGCGGCGGCAGCAAGGCCAUGCAGCUCAGGAGGUUGAUGGCGAUGCGGGAGUGGGGGCUGGCGCGGGGGAGGGUCGCGUGGGUGCGGGUGGCGGUGGUGGCGUCCAGGCGUCGAGGGGGUGGCGGAGGCUGGCGGGGUGACUCUGUUGCUGCGUGCAAACGAGUCAAGACGUGCAAGGACAGUCCCUUUCUGUAAUGGGAUUCUGUGAUAGCAUCUCGUCGGUGGGACUGGGGGGGGGGGGGUUGCAAGGAUGUUUGGAAAGAUGUUUGAGGGGGGGGGGCACUUCACCAUGUAGGUUCCGACUGCCUCUUCGGGCUUCGUGCGCAUUCGUUUCCAUGAUUUCCGUAAAGCGUCGUCAAUGCUGUGGGCUGCCGGGCUGUCGGUUGCAAAAGGCUGGCCAGCAGGGAGUACUUGCCAGACUGCACCACACGGCGCAGCAUACGGAGGAAAGCGGGGCAAAGAGAUACUUGCCAUGAGCC